GUUCCCUUCCUAACCCAAAAGUCUUUGACAAAUGUUUUGUUCCGAGGAUCUUGACCGUCUGCGCGGGUCGCUGGCAAGGAACAAUGGUUUGAGAUAACCUCUUCUUUAUCUCGCGACGAUAAAGCCUGUCGAGCGAUAGCGCGAAGACGGAACACGGCGGGUGGCGAGCGGCGCCGGAGACGCUGACAAAGCCCUGGGCUCAGAGGCUGUCGUGCAGACCUACGUGGGCCGCCUUCGCUCACAACGACUGCAACGCUCUGACCGCUUCCAGGCAACGGCACGACGGCGAACAGCGAGGAAGAAGAGGGAAGAGAUAGUCAUCUUAGAUUUGCAUUUAAUAUUUAACGUGUGUAUAAAAGGAACUAUUGCUACACUUUCCUGAUAUUAUGGAUUAAAAGGGUUGCUGUGUCAUCAGUAAGAGAAAGAAAAUAAUCAAGAAAGGCCUCUGUGGAUUCCAGAUAUUGUCGUAUAGUAGAUAGUGAAAGCGGUGUCCCAGUGAUUGAUUUCAGCUGAAGAAAAUUAAAGUACGAGACACCCCUGUUCCAAUAAAUCAACACAGGAAAGGAAAUACAGAAGAGGAACGUGACUUGCUCGCGCGGCAAGACCGUCUGUGAUUCCAAAAUUUCCGGCCAAAAUUUCAAGAUUGAUUGGCUACAAGACCCCACGAUGGUUCUCUGCGGCACGACUCCCGAGAGGAGAGCGAGUAAAGACCUGGAGAAGAAGAUAUCCUCGUGGAUGAAAGACUAUAAAAAGGCGAUAAAAAUAUUAUUAUUAGGGGCGGGGGAAUCGGGCAAAACCACCAUCAUUAAGCAGAUGAAGAUUCUGCACAUCAGCGGGUUUACUCCAGAUACGAAGACUCCCGCAGAGAGAAGCUGGAGAAGGCGCAGGACAUCAAGAGCAACGUCCUGGAGGCCAUCUCGACGCUGGCGAGGAACCUGGGGCAGCUGGGCAUCCCCCUUGGCUCGGAGGCGAACAGAGGACUCCUGGGAAUACAUCAGCGGCAUCGACCCGCAGGGAUUCACCUUCCCACAGGAAUUCUACGAACACACGGAGCGAUUAUGGCGAGACGCCGGCAUCCGCGAGGUGUACGCGCAGCAGCACAAGUUCCAGCUGAUUGACUGCUCCAAAUAUUUCUUGGACAAAGUCAGCGUCUUGAAGCAGCCGGACUACGUCCCCAGUGUGCAGGACAUCCUGCACAGCCGUCGCCGGACAACGAAUAUCCAGAAGAUUGAGUUCGAGGUGAAGAUUCCGCGCAAGUACGGCGGCGGAGGCUCGCUCACCUUCUGGAUGUUCGACGUCGGGGGCCAGAGGGGGGAGCGGAAGAAAUGGAUCCAGGUAUUUGACGGCAUCCAGACCGUGCUGUUCCUGGUGUCGGCGAGCUGCUUCGACCUGGUGGUGAGGGAGGACGAGGCCACCAACCGCCUGCAGGAGUCCAUCAAAAUCUUCCAAAAUGUCUGGGUCUCAAGAUUUUUGAAAGAUGCUGGAUUCAUCGUUUUCCUUAACAAACAAGACAUCCUUAAGGAUAAAGUAGUGAAUUCGAAGAAGCGCAUCGGCGAUUAUUUUCCAGACUAUGCAAAUUAUAAACUGGACAUGAAAGACCGAGAUCCAAAUGAGGACGAAGAGUACCAGAAAACGCGUUGCUUUAUCAGAGACAAGUUUUUAGUAAUGUCUCCACAGAUUUUUGAAAGAUGCUGGAUUCAUCGUUUUCUUAACAAACAAGACAUCCUUAAGGAUAAAGUAGUGAAUUCGAAGAAGCGCAUCGGCGAUUAUUUUCCAGACUAUGCAAAUUAUAAACUGGACAUGAAAGACCGAGAUCCAAAUGAGGACGAAGAGUACCAGAAAACGCGUUGCUUUAUCAGAGACAAGUUUUUAGAGAUCGCCAAGCAACAGGUGACGCGCGAAGCGAGGAAGCUGUCCCCGGGCUUUAGCGUGGCGGAGGAGGAGCGCGUGCGCGAGUGCUACUGGCACUUCACCACGGCCACCGACACCAACAACGUUAAGCUCGUGUUCGAGGACGUCCAUAACAUGAUUAUUAUGUGGAACCUGCAUGAAAUCGGGGUGAAGAUGGCCUAGGUCGGCCUUUGGCCCUCGGGAAACCCUCGCAAGGCUGUCCUUUGGAGGCGCUCUUCUGGCUUCGUCCCAUCCAGUCACUUGCCGUGCAUUAGCUUUUACAAAUGCUUCUUUAUUUAGUUCUUUACUGUGCAUAUAAAUAUAAUAUGUUAUUCAUACACUAUCAUUUUAUAAAAUCACUGAGGGACUAUAAUCUUCAUAUGUUUUCCUUUUGAAAUGGAGUUAUGAAUGAGUUAAUAUUUUUAUUUAUUAGUAGUGAGUUUUAAUGUCCAUGAUAAUCAAAUCUAAAUCAAAAGUAUAUAAAUAAAUAUAUGAAAUUUGUGAAAUUAACAUAGUAGUAAUACCUUACAAUGUCAUGCGCAAUAAACAUACAGAUCA